AGUUGUUUGUUUGUUUAUUUAAUUCGAAAUGUAUGUUGUUAUGGCUUACUAAUACAAAACAGCGAUUAUGGCAUUUAUAGAAAGUAACAUUAUGGUUACCCAUAAGCGAAGUAUUUGAACAAUAGCUAAUAAGUAAAUAUGAUUCUCGUUUUUCUACCAAAUAUGACUGGCUGCUGGAAAUGCCACCACCAAUCACUUACACUACUGUCCCCAAUCUACCGCUGUUUUUAAAUGAUAGAAGUUCCUAUGUUGUGGAAAUCUUUAAGACGAAACUGAACCUGGACGAGUAUUCCUCGAUGCCACAAUCAUUGGCAGAGGACGAGGUUCCUAAACAAAGCAAACGAAAGACAAAGAGAAGAUGCAGCUCCGCAAACCAGACACAUGAAGAAAGGAGAAAUUCCAGUAGAGAAGGUAGCCCGUUUCGUGACGUGUCUCCGGGGUGCAACCGGCAUCGACAUCAGAAGCAGAAGGUGCAUAGAGUCAUGGUUCACGCAACUGCUGAAGGACCAUUAUCUCCCACAGCUGGAUCACAGCGCACUCAUGCGGAUGAAAAGCAAUAUGAAGCACUGGUCAAAGAGGUCCAAAGGCUCACAACUGAGAAUCAACAACUGGCAGAGAAGGCAGCUAUUACUGAUUCUGGACAUCAGCUAUAUGAAGAAGCCUUUCGCAGGAAGAAUGAACAAAUAGCAUCUUUACAGGCACGCCUCAGUCGGUAUGAGAAACACAAGCAAGAUUUGGAACGACAGCGAGACUCACUGCGAGAGCAGCUGGAGGAUACUCGCCAAAAAAUGGAUAAGUCAGUUUUUGAAUCUACACAGGCAAAAGAAUCAGAGGACAUUGCCAUGCUGCAGGAGCUGGUGGUCAGACUCAAUGCAGAGCUUGAACGUUACCAGCAGAAAUUCCACAAGCUUGGUGAGGAAAUACCAUCACAGCGACAAGAUACAUCACAUCCUCCAAGGGAUGUAUCCCCUGAGACCUGGGCUAAGGUUAGCCAUGGUCUGCUGGGGCCUUUGCUGAAAGCAUACUCGGAAACUAUCCAAGAGAAGGAUGAUCUUGCACGCAGUUACGAAAAAGACUUGGCACAACUUAAUGCUCAUUGCAGAGACCUUGUUUCAGAAAAUGAGCAGCUAUAUGCUGAACUUGAUGAAACUACUAGAAAGAUGAAUACUGCUGCAGCAGAGGCAAAAAUCCUCCAGCAAGAUAGUGCUCUUGUACAAGAGCAGAAUGAGUUGCUGACAGGACAGCUUGAUGUACUUAAACAGAAGCUACAAGAGAUCCAUACUACAUAUCAACAGAAAGUUGCAUCAUUGACACAUGACCUGGAGGAAGUCUGUCAGAAAUACCACAGUUGCAGAGGAGAUUUAUUGACAUUACGUGGACAGCACUCUGUGCUGCGAGAGGAAUAUGAUCGCUUAAAAUCUGACCUGGAUGGGAGAGUACCAUUCUCUGUGCACUCUGCAUCUGUGUCCGAGUGUCGUAGGUUGUUUGAAGACCUACGUGCGAGGUAUGAGACUGACCGCCAGCUUCUUAAUUCAAGAGUUCGUGAUUUACAGCAACAGAUAGGGCAUAUGGAAGGACAAAUCACUCAAGGCCAAGCAGAGAAGGCACGAUUGCAGACUCAGGUUACAACAGCAGAGGCCUCCAUCAGGGAAAAAGAAACCCAGUUAGCAGAAGCACAAGCUGAGUUGGUCACUGCCCAAGCAGCACGGGAUGCAGCCAAGCGGCAGCUUAAUAAGGCCAUGAAGUUUGCUGAGGAAUUGGUUGCAGAGCAAGAGUCACUGAUGCGGCAGCUGCAGCGCAAGCAACAGGAGACUCGCUCAAUGGCUGAAAUUGGUUCCACCAUUGUCAGCCGUAUGGGGUCACUUAAAGAUAAGCUUGAGUCAGUCCAAAAAGGAGCAUGGCAGGAACUUGACCACGUUGAACAACGUAUAAGGCAGCAGCAAGAAGGAGUUACACAAAUGAAGCAAGAUUAUCAGCGUGAGUUACUGAGAUUACGUACAUUGCUGCAACAAAAGGAAACUAUCAUCAGCCAGCUGCAGUUUGAAAAAAGCAAAGCAGAAGAAAGCCUGGAACUGAUAUGGCAGAAAGGAAACACGGACAACUCCCCAAAAGAUUCCUUGAAACAUGUCAAUUUCCUUCCUGAUACAGAUGAUGCUUUUCAUAAUAGUAACAGUUAGCUGUUGUAGCUCUCAUAAUUAUGCUUUGUUUGUAUCAUAAUAUAGUCAUAAUAAAACUGUCACUUUCGCUUUUA